UUGCGCCGGCUUAAGAUUUCCCGUGAAUCACUGAUUAAGCCUCCUACCCGCCCGAUCACAAAUUCUAACAGCCUAUACUACUCCGAUUACGAUUCGGCGACUUCCUCUGUCCCAGAGAAUACAACGCUCAUAUCGAAUGACCAGUCGAACCACCUAGUCUCAGGGGCUGUUUCGACGACUACACUUGUGCCUUCAGCUUUGCCUACUCCACUCGCAGUUUGCGAUUUAUCAAAUAUGGCAAGGAAAAAGAAGCUCUUUGAUGACCUGGCCAAAGUUGACCAAAAUGUGCUGGUUCUCAAUAUGAUGCUUGCAGAGAACGCCGAACUGGCCAAUUCUGUUGAACUCUCAGAUGACACAAAAAGUCUGAUGCAGGCCUUGGCUAGUGCUAUCACUGCGAUGUCCGAUCGUCUAGUGAGCCUUAUCCCGCGUUGGGAGGCUUUAGUUGAGCAAAGUGGUGAACAUCAUAACGAAGAGUUGGAUGAAAUAACGAUGGAGUUACUAAGCCACAAUGAUUCUUGUAACACAGUACUCACUAGAUACAACCGGUUUGUGCGUACUCUGGCUGCAGGAACGUGCCCGCACAUUAAGUUUUUAUUUGUAAUUACAUUUUGA